GUAGCCAGCCGCCGUCGCCUGCGCGCUCAGGCCUCUGGAAUUAGUAGUUUUAGCCUCGUGGAUGUGGGCCUGAAUCGGAUGGCCUGGAACUCGCCUUCCCGGCGACCUGUUUGGCAGGGCGGGGCGCCUCGCGAAGAUGGUGGCGCGCGCGGCGUGUGGUUCCCGUCGUCUAGCCAAGUCUCAGCGCAGCGCACCGGCCGGCGUCUCGCUGGCCUGGAGCCCACACCCCCCGGGUCCCUGACCCCGCGCCCCCCGCGCCCGGUUCCCGGCAUGCCUCGCGCCCGUAAGGGCAACACGCUCCGGAAGGGUGGUCAGCGCCGUGGAGGAGGUGCCCGGAGCAGUGUCCAAGCUGACUCGGGUUCCAGUGAUGAUGAGGCAGCCAGUGAGGCCCGCAGCACUGCCAGUGAAUGCCCUAGCCUUCUCAGCACCACUGCAGAGGACAGCCUUGGGGGGGAUGUCGUGGAUGAGCAGGGCCAGCAGGAAGACCUUGAGGAAAAGCUGAAGGAGUAUGUGGACUGCCUCACAGACAAGAGUGCCAAGACCCGGCAGGGUGCUCUCGAGAGCCUGCGCCUGGCCCUGGCGUCCCGCCUACUCCCCGACUUCUUGCUGGAACGCCGCCUCACACUAGCCGAUGCCCUGGAAAAGUGCCUCAAGAAAGGGAAGGGCGAGGAACAAGCCCUGGCUGCUGCUGUGCUAGGCCUGCUCUGCGUGCAGCUGGGCCCUGGACCUAAGGGUGAGGAGCUGUUCCACAGCCUGCAGCCUCUACUGGUCUCUGUGCUCAGUGACAGCACAGCUAGCCCUGCUGCCCGGCUCCACUGUGCUUCUGCCCUUGGCCUGGGCUGCUACGUGGCUGCCGCCGACAUCCAGGACCUGGUCUCUUGCCUUGCCUGCUUAGAAAGUGUUUUCAGCCGGUUCUAUGGCUUGGGCAGCUCCACAAGUCCUGUGGUUCCUGCCAGCCUGCACGGCCUGCUCUGUGCUGCCCUGCAGGCCUGGGCAUUGCUGCUCACCAUCUGCCCCAGCACCCAAAUCAGCCACAUCCUUGACAGGCAGCUGCCCCGGCUGCCCCAGCUCUUGUCCAGUGAAAGUGUGAACCUGCGGAUCGCUGCCGGUGAAACCAUUGCACUGCUCUUUGAGCUUGCCCGGGACCUUGAGGAGGAGUUUGUUUAUGAGGACAUGGAGGCCCUCUGCAGUGUCCUGCGCACUCUGGCCACUGACAGUAACAAGUACCGUGCCAAGGCCGAUCGUCGGCGCCAGCGCUCUACUUUCCGUGCCGUGCUGCACUCCGUGGAGGGCGGUGAAUGCGAAGAAGAGAUAGUGCGCUUCGGCUUUGAGGUGCUCUACAUGGACAGCUGGGCUCGGCACCGGAUCUACGCUGCCUUCAAGGAAGUGCUGGGUUCGGGCAUACACCACCACCUCCAGGUGUGGGGACGGACAGGGAGGGGACACCUGGUGUGGCUGCUUCAGUCUGGCCUGAGCUCACUGCCCUCUGCCCCCCAGAACAAUGAGCUACUCCGUGAUAUCUUUGGCCUGGGCCCUGUGCUGUUGCUGGAUGCCACUGCCCUGAAGGCCUGCAAGGUUCCACGCUUCGAGAAGCACCUGUACAAUGCUGCCGCCUUCAAAGCCCGGACCAAGGCUCGAAGCCGUGUGCGGGACAAGCGGGCAGACAUCCUGUGAAGCAGGACCUGCUGAAGAGGAGACUUUCUGUGCCCUUGGUCCGUAUUUCUAACAGAAGACAGUGCAACAGCUGGUCUCCACCAGUAUUUGUCACUUUAUUUUUUUAAUGACAAAACCAAAAACAGACAUGGGGUGGGUAGCUGGGGGCCCGGACACUUGGGACCCUGGCCCCUUUGUCCCUGCACUCAGCCCUGUGGCCUCUUCCUGUCCUGUCUCAGGCCAGGCUAAAUAUGUGCCUGCCUCAGGGCUGUGGGGCAGGCACUAGGGGGUCUUUCCCUUCCUUUCCUUUCUCAGGCCUUGCUCCCCGAGGAUGACCCACUCUUAGGGGGGUGGUGGCAUCUGGACAAAUGCCACCAUAGCAGGUGGGGAGGCAAAGCUACCUGGAAUGGAUUUGUGUGCUGAUUUUUAAAGAUUAUUACAGAUAAUUAAACAGAACGGUCAGCCUUCUGUGGUCUUAA